AUGCGUGGACAGAAAAUGACCACUCUUGUCGGCGACGUCGACGUCGACGCCCUCGUCGUCAUCCGCGAUCCUGCAACCGCAGUACUGAGCCCGAACUUCAGCUUGGAGGCAGAGGCGACAACUGGCGGCACUGAAGCCGCCGCUCACGAAUCGGAAUCGGAAUCGGGACGACUAGCAUGGCAGCAGAGGUUCCACGACCUGCCCUUGGAGAUCCACGCUAACAUCAUGUCCCAGCUCGGCCCCGUCUCGCGCCUCUGCUUCGGCCUGACAUCCGCCUGGUUUUACAGCGUCUUCCACUUCGUGUGCGACGACCUCCCCGGCACGGACGAGUGGUGGAACAAGGCCUCAGAAAGGUGCUAUAAUAUUCUGCGGUCGCCGACCGAUCUCCGCAUGAAGGAGGCUCAGAACGACGACGAUUUGGUCUGGAGGGUGUCGUGGGAUUGGUACGACCACCACCACGACCAGACCGUCGUCUGGUAUCGCGACCUGCAAGAACUGCUCGCCGACGAGACCUCCCUCUGGGCCGGUCUCUGGUACUGCGCCGAGUGCCGAAAGUACAAGCCCGGGUCGGCCUACCGCGGCUCCGCCUUCGAGGAGCAGAUGGCGCUGAAGUACCCGGCGGAGUGGUGUCUCUCGCAGAAGGUCGAGCAGUGGUGGUGGAUCGAGACGUGCCGCCGCUGCCGCGCCGUCGCCAUCCUGAUCGACUGGGAGGGUAGGCCCGCCGUCCGGGACGACGAGUCUCCGCGCCACGAGGAGAACGACUUGAUCGGACUCGGGAAGGAGGGCCCCGAGGGGGUACGGGUUUGGGGCCACUCUGACACCAGGCAUGACUUUCGCAAGUGCAAUUACUGGGACAGGCAGUAUUACGAUACCCUGGACGAGGUUUGUGAAAAGUUGGGUCUUUAG